GAGGAAGCGGAGAAGGAGGUUGUGGAGCCGUGCACGGUGGUGAACCCGCUCACGAACCAGUUCUACGACCUCAGACCGUUGUCUGCGCUUGGGAACGACGGGGAGGUGCAGACGUGGAACUCGAAGGGGUUUGACUACGGCAAGAACUUCUCGAUCGGAGUGUGCUCGACGCCGCUGAGGCAGCUCAAGGCGUUGAGGGAGUCGGACUUCGUCGACACGCACAAUAAGUCCAUGGUAGGCGGCUACUACACGGACGGGGAAGGCAAGAAGGUAUCGAUCGGCGAGUACUCGACGGACUUGAAGUUCCGCGGGCUCAACAUGGUGCUGGAGUACACGAACGGCGACCAGUGCGAGGACUCGCCCAACCUCUCCAAGUCGACCUUGCUCACGUUCAAGUGCGACCGGGAGAUGAUGAGCAAGGCCCGUGUCAGCUACUUGGGCUCCAUGAACAACUGCUCCUACCUCUUCGAGGUCCGCACGGUGCACGCGUGCGCCACCGCCAACGACAAGAACGACAGCGCCAUCUGGGGGAUCUUCCUGCUGGUCCUUUUCUCCGCCGCCGGCGUCUACUUCUUUGCCGGCUUCAUGUACCGCAUGAUCCAGAAG